AUGACUCUCCCCAGUUCUCAGCGCGAUGUUUUCGACGAGACCCAAACAGCCCAGCAAGAGGGCGAUAGCUUUUGGCGUGUCUUUCUGGACACUUGUGAGGAGGAGAUCAAGGACUGGCUCCAGACUAGUGCCAGCGCCAUGGGCAACGCGAUUGCUUACAGCAGUCUCUUCGCUGCCGCAGUGGCAACCUUUCUGAACGACCUCUAUCAAAACCUCAACGCGAACACGAAUUCGACAGAGACCACCGUAAACAUACUAUGGCUUCUUGCCCUCGUCUACUCCAUCAUAGCAGCCCUGCUGGCUUCAAUGGUGCAAGACUGGCUGGCUAGGGCGCUUAAAAGCAAUACCAGACCAAAGACACAGACGAUAGAAAGGUUUGCCCAAGCCAGACUGACAGCAUAUGCGAAGCUAUCGCACUAUCGGCUGGACUCCCUUGGAACCUUCAUCUUGGGGCUGAUGCAAGUUGCUGUGAUACUCUUUUUGAUUGGCUUGUGUCUCCGCAUCUACCUUCUCAAUAGUCUUGUUGGCAAAGUUCUUAUUGCAAACUGUGGAUUUGCAGGUUUACUCUUCAUUGUCGCCAGCAUUCUCCCAUUAUUCAACCCAGGAUCGCCUUAUACAUUGCCUAUCAGCCACGUGCUAACGGCUGUCGUAUAUGGUUUGGCAACCAUCAUGGCCUCUCUAUCGCUCUUUGGCAUCAUCAUCUGCAUCGCGAUAAGCAGCUGGGUGAAGGAACGACGUUUCCAUAUCCGCGAUCUUGAUCCCCGACCAAUUCAAGGUUGCUUUGAGGAUCCCACAGUGUCUGUGCAGAUUCUGCGCAUUCUAUGUGGUGCAGUCAUCCAUCGAAGAUCCUUUGAGGAGGUCAAGAAGAUGAUACAACACGUCAGCAAGCCCGCACACGCUGCCAGGUUCAUUUCGGGACGAAGACUGGCAUUUCUACUGGAGCGCAUGCAUGGAGUGCUGUUCAAAACUCCUGCAUACUUACGCUACGCAGCCCGACGCUGGCUUAACUUGGAACUUGAUGGUGUAUCUGACUUCCUGGUCAACAUUCGGGCUAAUAGAGCCAGUAUGAGGAGUGUCACAGAAGCCCUCCAGCACGAGGUCAACUCUGUACAUGCGGCAGAAGGCUCUAUACGCCUUCUCCAGUUGCUUGUAUUGGCAGAUACUGCCGUGGAUAACCUCACACAAGCUCACAGUAAUCAGGACGAACGGUGGAAGUACUUUCGAAUGAUCAUAGGCGUAUUGCCAGCGUUCGCAGCGUGUGUGGGCGAGCUGAACACCGACGCUUUGGAUCGUCGUGACAUCUCAUUACAUACCGCGAUUGCCAGCUUCCGUUGGGCACUUAUUGUGGCGAUGGGACACAUCGAGAGACGGGAUGGUGACCCAGCAGGAACUAAAGCUCGGGACAUCAUACGCACCAUAUUUGUCGAACUUGCCGCCGUUGAGGGUCUUAAGCUCCAAAGGGUUUCCUCCGAAGAUCACGAGAGCCUAGAUGAGCUCUUCGGGGAUGCUCGUGAUCCUCGCUUGGAACAGGCAGCGCGGCUCGAGCUGGCAGCUCGCAAUGCAUUCACCCUAUUGGUUGGUGUUGGUCAGUGCAACUGGGAACGGGGCGUUUGGCAGAAGCCCGAUGCACGAUAUAUACCCGAGGGCGGACUUGGUAUGUGGGACUGGCACCACCUUCUCGUGGAAACCGAACUACGACGUCGAUCAGCAUCGGAUGAGCUUCAAGAGUUCCUUACUCAGGAGCAUGUCAGGGACUUGGUGCGGGCGGGCUCAGACCCAAUCUUGUUUGCGACCCUGAAGCUUGAUCCAAUCGCGGUCGAUGCAGUGCGCAACCUUGCGAAAGUCGUCGACAUCCCGGGCACCACGAUGGAUCGUAGCGAUUCCCGUAUCGAAUUCCAGGAUAUUCCUCAGGUCGGGCCUACCGGCACAAGCAAAGUGUCAGUGGUUUAUGGUAUCCAAGAGGGUUCUGUCGAGGGUGGCACGGACGAAUCGGGUCCACUUAUACAUGCAGGCUCAUCUACGGCCGAUUAG